AUGAGAGUUUCCAUCCUGCUCGUUAAGUCACUGUCAAAACAGGCCGCCAGAAAUUUGAAUCGUCUCACUAAGGCUGGUGGAAAUGCUGUUGCUAUCAACGGUUCCGUUCCUGCAAUAAAUGAUGCGUUAACCCAAGCACAUGGUGUUGCAACUUUGACUGGGGACCCUGUUGUGAUCGUACCACAGUCGCUCGAUGAUGCUAGCUGGCGGAUUGGUGGAUGUGCUGCGCCACAUCUCAGUUUGAUCGAAGCAGCAUCCACGCCCGAUAGUAUUUGUAUAGCUGUCGAAUCUCUGUUCGAAGCUGUCCAAGAUAACUGGAGAAAUAGUGAGGCGAUGGAGCGGGAGAAUGCUUACAGUAUACUCGCUGUUCUUCUUCGCGAGAAACUCGGUCUAUCAUCUCACAUUCAGAAUGCCAUUUCGAAGCCUACCGCUCUUUUUUCAACCCCUGAGCACCACAAUGGAUUAGCCAUGGAGAUUCUCCUCCUUAUACUAAAAUUUGUUGGCUAUGACUUCCAGGACCCGAAGAAGUCUAUAAUUACUAACCCACUAGCUUACCGGGUCCUUCUCGUUGAUUUGGACAUCUGGAGACUAGCAGAUCUGCCUUUGCUUGAGAUAUAUUAUUCUCAAUUUGUCACGUUCUGCUCCGAGUCCAAUAAUCAUCAAUUCAAUACCAAGCGUCUUUCUCGAAUGCGUCUUGUCAAGAAACUCCUGGAUGGAAUAAAAGGGGAGAACUUUACUGCAGAAUCUAUCAAACUUUUUAUUCCUUCACUUAGUUCCCUCGUAACGUCAUGCAUGUCGGCGGAAAUUUUUCGGUCGCUUGCUCUAUUUAUCACUUACUCCAUUCACGGUGUCUCGCAGAAGCACAAAGGCGCUCGCUUCGAUGCCCGAGCUAAACAGCCGAGGUUUGCCCAUUUCUUGAAUCUGGAUAAACCCUACCUCUCCAAGACUCAAGUAGGAAUCGAAGUCUUGAAAGCAUAUACCAACAUCGUUUGUAAAGAGAAUGGCACGACGAACAUUGUCAAAUUUGCGAGAACCGUGACCAAUAAGAAAACAAUCCCGGAUACUAUCAACACCUCUUCUGGGUCAAAUAUUGAGCUGUUAAACACAGUCGUUGGCUUUCUUGCCGAUAUUCAUGUCAAGUCUCAGCAUUUUCGUGACUUUACUAUUACGUCUUCUUAUGUGCAAGACCUUCUUUUCCUCCUGUUUCCAGUCGUCGUUGGCUCAGAUGCAGUUAGCGCCGAUGUAGAGCUGCAUUCUCAGUCUUCCGGACUGACAUUUGGAACGCGCGAUGUGGUUAUCCGCCCGCUUUCAAAUGCUCGUCCGGUUCUACGCACCACAACGGUAGAGAAUUCUGAGUCUCCCGACGGUGACAAUGGCCUUAUACGGCGCUCUUCCUUCGUUCUCGUGUCAUCCGAUAAAUCUCAGCACGCUCCGUCGUUGGCUCGACUUCACCAGGCCGUUGCCCUGAAAUCCGAGAGGGUGAAUACUCCUCCCGCCCAUUCAAUUGUGCAAGGGGUCUUGGAAGUGGUUGUGGCGGUUAUCAUUGACCAAGUGCUCACAAGAAAGGACUUCGAAUUGGCGCUCCACUUGGCAACUCCUCCAGGGUUCGUUGAACACCAGACAUAUUUUGAGUCUUGGGUCCUUCGGAAUGUACUAUCUCAACUCAAAAAUACUAUCUUAUUAAACCGGAAACUUCUCUGGGAACCUCGGGUUUUAACAAACGUCUCCAAGCUUUUAACACACCUUGUGGAAAUUCUUUAUGAGGUUACAGACGAUGAAGAUGUUCGAGUGGCUGCUGCAAACUUGUGGCGGGUGCAUUUGGUACAGAAGCCAUCAGAGAUGUCAGCGCUCCUGAACUAUGCCGGUUCCUCCCUUCAAAAACGCUUGUUUUCCGGUUUCCAAAAGCUUGUUGGUUUAGAUGACGAUAGUUUCCUGCGCUGGGUUGAUGACCAACGCGAUGAUCUUGACCUGUUUUUCUUUGGUGCUCUGUCAAAAAAAUGGGAAGCCUUUGUUCGUGAUGAAAACAACAAAACUGAUGAGCGUGCACGGGUAAGGCUUUCAAAGAGAAAGGAUAAAUUGAAACUGUGGAAUCAAGUUGAUGUCGCCCAGGAGGAAAUAAUCCGCAAACAUGAUACCACCUAUGAGCACUGGACAUCUAACAUUUCUACCUCUGAACAUCUCAAGCACCAACGAUCCCUACAAGACCAACAGGACAACCUAGCAUUUUUAUCUUCAUCUUUUGCCAAAAUGUACCGUGAUUUGAGGCUGGAUAAUGGGAUCCUGGCUGGAAGCACUGAGACCAAAUGGCGCCUUGACCAGACUGAAGGAAGGGAUAGGAUGAGACUCCGAAUAACUCCAGAUGACACGGCUGGAGGGCAAAAUUACCAACCAAAGCGCAGAACAUUACAUGAGCAUCCAAGUAUUAAACUAGACACACGAGUCCGUGCUGUUGAACAAGACAUGGUUGGAAUCACACCCACUCCUUUGGUUGCUGAGCCUACUGAAUCUGAAUCUCAAGUCGAAGGUCCAACGGACGCGCCCAACAGCGAUCAUGAUGACAGAUCGGGCCUUGAGGGUAGUUAUGAAAUGAUAGAGGACCCGUUGGAUGGACAAAGUGAUUAUGAGGACAAGAAUAGGAAGAAGUUGGAAAUGGGCGGAGGUGAUCAGCGUAUCGAAGCGGCGAUUUUUGUUCCGCGACGUUGCGCUGGAAAUAUUCUUUGCGGACGGUCGAAGCUAUUUGCUCACAAUGGUGUCUCCACCACUUCGGAAUGA